GACACCGCAGUAGCGCUGGGUUUGUGCUCUAGUGUCCCCGGAGAGGCUGCGUGACGUCAUCACAGCUGACUGUGGGAUUUGGCGCGAACGUUUCGAGAUGGCAUCUGACAGACUGAAGAGUAAAGUGUCCUCCGCCUUCAAGAUGCAUGGCCUCCUCCUGCGGGCGGAGGCCAGCAAGUACCUCAGUGAAGUGCUCAAGUCUGUCAAUGACGUGGAACUGGAGGAGGCCAUCGACAGCAUCAUCGACGCGGUGGAGAAGCAGCCCCUGUCUUCUAACAUGAUAGAGAAGUCGGCGGUGGAGACGGCGGUACAGGAAUGCAGCCGCACGUGCGAUGAAACCAUAGAGCACAUCUUCAACAUCAUUGGGGCGUUUGACAUCCCGAGAUUCAUCUAUAACUCUGAAAGAAAGAAGUUCCUGCCAAUAAAAAUUGCCAAUUAUCCUGAACCCAAUCUGUUUGGAAGUGGAAGAGACAAAGCCGAGUUAUUCCGGGAGCGAUACACCAUACUGCAGCAGAGAACCCACAGACAUGAGCUCUUCACGGCGCCUGUGAUUGGAUCGAACCCCGAUGAGAGCAGGAGCAAAUUUCAGCUCAAAACUGUAGAAAACCUUCUGGGCAGCGCGGCAAAGAUGGGCGAGGUGAUUGUGCUCGGCAUGAUAACACAGCUGAAGGAGGGAAAAUAUUACUUGGAAGAUGUGAGUGGAACGGUUCAGCUUGAUCUCGGCAAAGCACAGUUCCAUAGCGGCUUGUACACGGAGUCCUGCUUUGUUCUUGCGGAAGGCUGGUAUGAAGACAAAGUAUUCCAUGUAAAUGCCUUUGGGUUUCCUCCCACCGAACCGUCCAGCACAACAAGGGCAUAUUACGGUAAUACCAAUUUCUUUGGUGGGCCAUCGGCAACCUCUGUGAAAGCUUCAGUCAAACUGAAACAACUGGAAGAAGAGAAUGAGGACGCCAUGUUUGUGUUCUUGUCGGAUCUCUGGUUGGAUCAGGUCGAAGUGAUAGAGAAGCUUCAUGUCAUGUUUUCAGGCUACUCCACAGCUCCUCCAACCUGCUUCAUCUUCUGCGGCAAUUUCUCUUCGGCACCUUAUGGGAGAAACCAGAAUCAAUCACUGAAAGAGUCUUUGAAGAACCUUGCAGAUGUGAUAUGCGAGUACCCAAAUAUACACAAGAGCAGCCGCUUCGUGUUUGUGCCUGGUCCGGAGGACCCCGGCCCUGGUUUCAUCCUGCCAAGACCUCCCAUCGCAGAACACAUCACAGCAGACUUUCGACAACGCGUGCCUUACUCCAUUUUCACUACAAACCCUUGCAGAAUCCAGUACUGCACUCAGGAAAUUGUGGUGUUUCGGGAGGAUCUGGUGAACAAAAUGUGCAGGAACUGUGUGCGCUUCCCCAGUAGCAGUUUGGAUAUUCCUAAUCACUUUGUGAAAACGAUCCUGUCUCAGGGCCACUUGACGCCUCUGCCGCUGUUUGUCAGCCCCGUGUACUGGGCGUAUGAUUAUACCCUGCGCUUGUAUCCUCUGCCUGAUCUAGUAGUCAUCGCAGAUAAAUAUGAUCCUUUCUCCAUCUUGAAUACGGAUUGCCUCACCAUCAACCCUGGUUCAUUUCCAAGAAGUGGAUUUUCCUUUAAGGUCUAUUACCCAUCUAAUAAAACAGCAGAAGACAGCAAACUGCAGAAUGUGUGACUGGAUGACAUCGAGCUGGUGGCAACUGAAGAUUUUAACAUCCUCUCUGUAAAAAGUGUUUUUUUUAUGUGCGUUGUCUGUAUUUUAUGUAUUGGUGAAUUACAGAAUGUUUUGUAAUAA